GCCGUUUCUCUAUGGUUUGCAGAGAUCAUCGUUUCGCGUCAAGUAGAGAGUGGCUGCGACGCGCGGAGGUGAAUCAUGGCGGCGGUCGACAUAAGAGAUAAUCUGCUGGGAAUUUCCUGGGUUGAUAGUUCAUGGAUUCCAAUAUUAAACAGUGGGAGUGUAUUGGACUAUUUCUCAGAACGCAGUAAUCCAUUCUAUGAUCGAACAUGCAACAAUGAAAUGGUCAAAAUGCAAAGGCUAACCUUGGACCACUUGAAUCAAAUGGUUGGAGUAGAAUAUAUUCUUCUCCAUGCACAAGAACCAAUCCUCUUCAUCAUCCGCAAGCAGCAAAGACAGAACCCAACACAAGUUAUCCCAUUGGCUGAUUAUUACAUUAUUGCUGGAGUAAUUUAUCAGGCACCUGACUUAGGGUCAGUUGUAAACUCAAGAGUGCUCACUGCAGUACAUGGAAUCCAGUCAGCUUUUGAGGAAGCUAUGUCUUAUUGUCGCUAUCACCCUUCCAAAGGUUAUUGGUGGCAUUUCAAAGAUCAAGAGGAACGAGAUAAAGCCAAACCAAAAACAAAGAAGAAGGAGGAACCAAGCUCUAUUUUCCAGAGGCAACGUGUUGAUGCAUUACUUCUAGAUCUGAGAAAAAAAUUUCCCCCUAAAUUUGUGCAGCAAAAAUCUGGAGAAAAACCAGUCCCAGUGGAUCAGAUUAAGAAAGAAUCAGAGCCAGCACCUGAAGCUAUAAAACAAGAGGAGAAGGAAGCUGCAAAGACCACACAACAGAGUACUACUACUAAAGGGCCACCAGAGAAACGAAUGAGAUUACAAUGACAGAAGGGAAAAUGACAUUCAUAACUAGUGAGGACUUGGUGAAGAAACAGAGGUAAAUAAGUUAGCUAUUUAAAAAUGGGACAGUGAACUGUGACAUUUCCAAAAUGUAUUUUUUUUUUCAUGUUACAAACUUACAGCAACUUUCAGGAUGGAAUGACCUGUUUUUGUGUUCGAGACUAAAUUGUGCUUUGUGAAUCUUUUGAGGACUGUUUUAGCCUCUGAUAUUUUCAAAUUGUAAUCUCAUACUUUUUAUCAAUGUCUUCUUGGAGUCUGAAACGUCUUAAUCUUUCAUAAAGAGUGUGUGGCUCUAUUGUUCUGUCAGGUCUUUUCCAAAUAAAUUAAUUACACCAGU